AUGGAUACGACCGCGCAAUACCUCGCCCAGAUCAGUCGCGCCCCCGGGACAUCUGCGGUCGGGGCCUCCGCCGCAGCAACCGCAGGAUCGCAACCCGCCUCAAAAAAGCAGAAGACGAAGGAUGAAGCUGCUCGUUCUACGUUGAAAAAAUACGCCGCAGAAAUCCAGACCAUUCUCAAGGACAGCAUUAUUCACCUGAACGACGCAUUUGCUACAGCAUCCUGCUACCUGGAUAAAGCGAUCGGCGUUAACACAAGCAAGUUCGCCGUCGAACUCGUCAAAGAGUUUCGGGACUGCACGGUCAAGGCCAGAGACCCUCUAGUGAUGCUCCUGAACAAGAAAGGCAAGCUGAAGGGAUUCUCCAGGGCCGCCGGGAAGAUCUUCGAUCCAAUGGAUGCCGCGACCCAAACAACAGACUCCGCUACCUCGUCCAGCACCAACGAUGCGUCCACGGACAUGGAGUUGACCCCAGCCCAUUGGGACAGCACAGAAGUUAGAGAGGCGAAGGCAGCCGCCAAGCGGAGGAAAACUAUGCGAUGA